UGCCGUGUGCAUUUCCUCUGCCUUCAUCUCAGACGCAUGCCACAUAGAGAUUGAGUCUGCCUUCAUCUCACCACUCACCAACUGCAUUUCCUUUCUUUCUUCUUCGUUGCGUUUUGCUUUCUUUCUUCUUCGUUGUCUUUGUUUCUUCUUCAUUUUGCUUUCUCCGUUUCUUUCCUUUAUUUUUUUUUUGGUGUUUUCCAUGUCAGAUCUGGGUUUUGUUUUCUUUAUGCUUAAAUACUUAAAGUUGUUUUUUUACUACCCUUUGGUUUUUCCCCUUUGUGAAUCUUGAGACUUUGUGCAUGGGUAUGUAUGGACUCUGGGUAAUUUUAGUGUGUGAUAGGUUUAAAUUUUUUGUUGUUGUGGUUUUUGCUUUAGGGUUUUUGAAUUUGAUUUGGGUUUUGGAUUGUGUGUAUUUGGCAGUGGAAUUUUUCAAUUUGGAUUAAUGGGUUCCGACAUUUGCAUUGUGAAUGGUUCGUGCACUCACGAAUGGAGAAAGGGGUGGCCUUUGCGAUCUGGUGGAUUCGCUCAACUAUGCUGCAAGUGUGGGAUGCAAGGAUUGUAUUAUGAUAAUUCCAACUUCCAUUGUAACUGUGAUGAUCCAGGAUCUCACCCACGGGUUUUUGAUGACCCCCUUCGUGGGUAAGUCAACAGAGAAGCAAUGUCCCAUUGUAAUGAGUCUUAAACGAUGGGAGCGGAAGGAGUGUAAACCAAACAGUCUUCCUAUCUUGCACAAAAUGCAGGAGAUGCGGUGCAAGUCAUAUCUGGACGAGAAAGGGGGUAAAGUUGGGGAGAUUACUAAAAUCUUCAAGCAUGACAAUAGUGUUAUAGUGAAAGAUUUAAAUUUGAAGACAAAGCAUGUCAAGAGUAGAGAAGAGGGUGAACUGGGGCAAAUUAUUAAGUUGUCAUCCCAAGGGCCAACACAUGAUGAGAUUGAUUUCGAGUUUUUGCGAAACCUAAGUGGGGACCCUUAUAUUCUCCGCACAAACGUCUUCACCCAAGGCAAAGGUAAUAGGGAGCAACAGUUCUAUCUCUGGUUCGACCCCACCAGAAACUUCCACACUUAUUCUAUCAUUUGGAAGCCCCAGCACAUCAUACCUACAUUUUGGAAAAUAAAGAAGCAUGGAUCUACGGAAGAUUUCUCGAGCCUUCCUUACAUUUGCACAUUGCUUAAUUGCUCCUUAUGGACUUACUAUGGAAUCAUAAAGGCUAGAGAGUACCUCGUGGCUACUGUCAAUGGCUUUGGCAUUGUGGUGGAGACAAUCUAUGUUAUUCUAUUUCUCAUAUAUGCUCCAAAAGGGAUAAGGGGUAGGACUGCCAUUUUGGCUGUGAUUUUGGAUGUGGCAAUUUCGGCAGAAGCAGUAGCUACUUCUCAAUUAGCAUUGCAAGGAGAAGCUCGUGGUGGUGCUGUUGGUGUUAUGGGAGCAGGCUUAAACAUUGUUAUGUAUUUCUCACCUCCCUCUGCCAUGGAGACUACCAAUUUAGGGUUGUAGCAUGCGUUGAGAUGCUUGAAAGGCCAAGUUAACUCUGUCAUAAGGGAAAGGAGCUUUUGUUUUUACUGCAACAAAAAUCUUGGGCAUGAUAUGGACAUCUACAUGUACAGGAUAGAGUAAUUAUCACAAACUAAACUACACACACAAGAUUCGGGGUUUGAUCAACCAUCAUGUCUGACGAAGUCAACAACGUUUUCAAGAAAUAUCUUAAUCAACUUCAGCUUCAUCCUCUCAGAACCAAGGCGAUUACUGUGGCAGUUUUAGCUGGUUUUAGUGAUGCAGUGGCACAGAAGUUAUCUGGGGCCAAGAAACUUCAGUUAGAAGGGUACUUCUUUUCAUGCUCUAUGGUUUCGCCUACUCUAGCCCUUUGGACAUUUUCUCCACAAAUUCAUGGAUAAAAUAUUUAAGGGGGAGAAAGGCAAUGACACUGUUGCUAAUAAGGUAUUGUAAGCUUGUGAUGUUGUUGUUUGUUGGUUUGGCCUCUGGCUCUUUCACUUAUAGGGAUAGUAUUUUGCGUUGUGUUAUGUUCUGUAAUUUGCUUGGCUUUGGUACAAGUUUCUAACUAAUGCUCUCAUGAAUGAAAUAUACUAUUAUUAGGUGCUCUCAGUCAUGGGUAUUUUAGGGAUCAUUUGAUGUAGCUAUAUGUUUAAGGACACCCUCCCAAGACCCAUUAAACCUUGAUGCCCUAUAACUAUACCACCCAGCUAACUGCAUUUUGAUGAUGUCCAUCAGUCACCUCGUCAGACACAUGUAGGCUGAAGUAGUAACUUGUGGUUUUGUGGAAUCGUGUCCCCAGGAUUAGACCUCUCCAGAGGAGCAUUUCGAAACAAUUAUUUGGUCUAGAAAAGGUAUAUUAGGCAUUAAAAGCUUAAUAGAUUGUAGAAGCUGCUCAAAGAACAGUUCCUGUCACUACUACAAAACUUGCUUAUUACGACGCGCUAACAACGUCGGUCGAUAUACCCCUGUCUUUGAAAAUAAUGGAAUGACACGCUCGUAAUUAAAUUAUAAAUUUAAGGACGGUCAUUGAAAAGACCGUCGUGGUGCUUCUCUAUACAAAGACGAUCUUAUCCCACCGUCUUUGAAUGAUUAUAUUUUUAUUAUUUUUUCUCUCUCUUAUUUCGCUAGCAACUGCAGAGACCUAUGACCCUUCAUUUCUUUCCUUAGUCUCGCUUCUCUCUCUCUCUCGGGCGAAGAACUCUUUUGAGGAUCAGAACCCCUCAAUCCCUUCCUUUUCCCCUCAAAUUCCACACCUCCUUCUCCUUCAAGUCUUCGACCUCAACCAUCCGCGCCUUCUCUGACGCGAGGAGGACGAAGAAGACGAUGAAGAAGAAGACCAAGAUCCACUGAAUGUUUCAGGCGAAUGCCGAGGGAGAUUUCGACGAGCUUGUAGAUCCACUGAAGGUGGAGGACAAGAUCGGUGUUGUGCCUCAUGGCCUUUCAACCAAUUCAGAUGUUGUCAAGAGAUUUUUGGUUGCGGGAAAAAUUUGCAAAUGGAAGAAAUGAAGGUUGAUUUAGACUUGUUGGUGGGUGACCCUGCUUCACUGGAGAAGAAAAUUGAUGCAAUUCGUUUCGGUGGUCCCUAGAAGCUUCAGGGAUCAUGAUCUGAAUCUGAUAGCAACACAAAGCUUCCUUUUUCUGCUUGGGCCUUCUUGAGCACUAUUCUGUUUGGAAAUAUUGUGAUAUUUUAUGCUGACAGUAUUGCAGAGGACAGAUUACACAUGGUUUUCUCCUCGCCAAGGCAUUUAGCAGCAGCUGGUGCGUGCAUGGAAUUAUUUUAGAAAGCAGUUUUUGAAACCAAAAAGGAUAUAUGAAGCAACUUCAUUGGAGCACAAUAGAAAAGAUUCUAUCCGAAAUUCAGAUUUAUCCAAUGGAGAAUUUGAUGAUGAGCAAUCUCAGAGCUGAAGAUUAUAUGAUUUCAAAGAUAUCAUAAUUUUCUGUAGUUUCUUUUCUUCUACUAGGAGUGGAGUAUGGCCAGCUAAUUGCUGGAAACUUCAUAUGUCUGUCAACUUUUUAGUGCUUAAUAGUAGAAAUUUUUUGUUAUGCAACUGAGGGCUUCAAAUCAUGGUUGUUGGACACAUGGUAUAAGGAUAUGAAGCUGAUCUUAGAUAUUUUUUGGGAAUUUGAAUAGCUUAUAUGCCAAGGAAAUGUUACCGUUUCUGAUAGCAACCUGGACUAUGAGGAACAUGGAGAACAUAACAACAAAGUGGACCACAACAGGCCCAAUAGGACCAUCAGAAAGCCUACAUGCUUCAGGGAUUUUAUUUGAAGCCACUAUCCCAUUCCGCAAUAAAGGAAUGUUUUCAUUCUGUUAUGAUAAUUCUGUUAUUAGUGAUUAGCCCUACACGGCCAAAGUUAAUUUUAUCUUUGUAUAGGAGUUAGAAUAUAAAUUUAAUAGAGUGAGAAUGAAAUAGACACAAAAAAUAUUCAGUUUUA